UCCAGUCUGCAGCUAGACCCUUCUCUAAAGGGCUGCAUUCCAUCAUUAAAUGCUUUCUCCUCUGCUGCCCUGGUCUGCAGGGAUGGGAUUCAGAGUGAAAAGAGGAAACGUGAUUAAACAGGACAGGUUGCAAAGAUACCUGAUGGUCCCUGUCAGCAGAUGGAUCUCUGCCCUGUGAGCCAAUACCCGCCAGUGCUCUGAGAGAUAUCAGGUAUUGAUGUAACUGGAGUGAAUAAGGGAACCUUCUUCCUGAGCACAGACAUUGGAGACUGUUAUCAGCAUGAACUCAUAUGUGUUAGACAAUCACUUGAAUAGUUCAUACCCAUCCUUCACUACAGGAAGCAUCAGAAUUAUACCACAUACUCCAAAAGUAUUGGACUCUAAUGACUAUUCACAAACAUUGGGGAUAUCAAAACAGAUAUUUAAAGGAGAUGGAGAAUUGGCAGGAACUGGACAGCAAUCAUUAUGUACAGAGAGUAAUUUAGUCAUCAAACAAGAGGACAACAUUUAUGACUUAUCUAGUGAAAUGAUUAUGCCAGAGGAUAAACAACACACAUUUACUGAGUUUUCAAAACAUUUAAAAGAUGGGGAAAGUCUUAAAUCUAGCCAAAUGAUUCAUACAAAUAAGAAACCAUUCAAAUGUACAGAAUGUGAGAAAAGAUUCACAUGCAAUUUGCAUCUCAUUGAACACCACACAGUUCACACAGUUGUGAAAACUCACACGUGUACAGAAUGUGGGAGAUGUUUCACAUCUAAAGGAAGCCUUAAGAGUCACAAAAAGACCCACACAGGGGAGAAACCUUUCACAUGUUAUGGGUGUGGGAUAUGUUUCACAUCCAAGAGAAAUCUCAUAUCUCAUGAAAAGACCCACACAGGCGAGAAACCUUUCGUAUGUAAUGAGUGUGGAAAAUGUUUUACAGAAAUUAGUAAUCUGAAAAGUCAUGAAAUGAUUCACACAGGAGAGAAGCCUUUCACAUAUACAGAGUGUGGAAAAAGGUUUGCACAAAUGAGUAAUCUGAAAACUCAUGAAAUGAUUCACACAGGAGAAAAGCCUUUUACAUGUACAGAGUGUGGAAAAAGUUUUACACAUAAGCGUUCUCUGAAAACUCAUGAAAGGAUUCACACAGGGGAAAAGCCUUUCACAUGUACAGAGUGUGGAAAAAGUUUUGCACAAAUAAAUAGUCUGAAAACUCAUGAAAGGAGUCACACAGGAAAAAAGCCUUUCACAUGUACAGAGUGUGGAAAAUGUUUUACAUAUAUGAGUAUUCUGAAAACUCAUGAAAGGAGUCACACAGGAAAAAAGCCUUUCACAUGUACAGAGUGUGGAAAAGGUUUUACACAAAAGAGGGAUCUGAAAACUCAUGAAAGGAGUCACACAGGAGAAAAGCCUUUUACAUGUACAGAGUGUGGAAAAAGUUUUACACGUAAGCGUUAUCUGAAAACUCAUGAAAUGAUUCACACAGGGGAAAAACCUUUCACAUGUACAGAGUGUGGAAAAAGUUUUACACAUAUAAAUAGUCUGAAAACUCAUGAAAGGAGUCACACAGGAAAAAAGCCUUUCACAUGUACAGAGUGUGGAAAAGGUUUUACACAAAAGAGGGAUCUGAAAACUCAUGAAAGGAGUCACACGGGAGAAAAUCCUUUCACAUGUACAGAGUGUGGGAAAUGUUUUACACAAAAGAGUAAUCUGAGAGAACAUGAAAGGAUUCACACAGGGGAAAAGCCUUUCACAUGUACAGAGUGUGGGAAAUGUUUUACACAUAGGAGAUAUCUGAAAACUCAUGAAAUGAUUCACACAGGGGAAAAGCCUUUCACAUGUACAGAGUGUGGGAAAUGUUUUACACAAAAGAGGGAUCUGAAAACUCAUGAAAGGAGUCACACAGGAGUAAAGCCGUUCACAUGUACAGAGUGUGGGAAAUGUUUUACACAAAAGAGUAAUCUGAGAGAACAUGAAAGGAGUCACACAGGGGAAAAGCCUUUCACAUGUACAGAGUGUGGGAAAUGUUUUACACAAAAGCGUAAUCUGAGAGAACAUGAAAGGAGUCACAAGGGAAGAAGUGUACUUAUGAGGUUCAGAAGAGAGCCAGUUGCCAUAACUGCUGAUAUUGAACAAAUGUUUCAUUGCUUCGUUGUACAAGAAGACCACAGGAACUUCCUAAGGUUUCUGUGGUACCGUGACAACAACAUGGACAAUGAAAUGAUUGAGUACCGCAUGAAGGUACAUGUUUUCGGAAAUAGCCCUUCACCUGCGGUUGCCACAUACGGUUUACGAAGAACUGCUCUUGAUGGAGAAAAGGAGUAUGGUGUGGAUGCUCGACACUUCGUUGAGAGAGACUUCUAUGUCGACGAUGGACUUAAAUCUUUACCUGUAGAUGGAGAAGCCAUAGAUCUGCUCCAAAGGACACAAGGUAUGCUUUCUGAGGCUAACCUCAGACUACACAAGAUUGCUUCAAAUAGUGUUGCUGUUAUGAAGGCCUUUCAACCUGGCGACCAUGCCACAGGGUUUAAAGACUUAAAUCUGGGAAUGGACAUUCCACCUGUACAGAGAAGUCUGGGCAUACGGUGGGACUUGUUAAAGGACACCUUUGGCUUUCAAGUCAGCUCUGCAGAUAAGCCAUUUACCAAACGUGGUGUUCUGUCGGUGGUGAAUAGUCUAUACGAUCCACUGGGAUUUGUAGCCCCCAUUACCAUACAAGGAAAAGCCCUAUUGAGACAGCUCUCAGAGACUAUUACAGAUUGGGAUGCUCCACUACCAAUAGACAAGCUUUCAAGGUGGGAGUCCUGGAAACAUUCUCUACAUGCCUUAGAUGGAAUUUGUAUACCACGUUGCUACACUUCAGCUUCCAUUGCUACAUGUCAGAGAAAAGAGCUUCACAUUUUCUCAGAUGCGUCUACUGAGGCCAUAGCAGCUGUUGCCUACCUCAAGGUAAGAGACUCUUUUAAUCAAACCCAUAUAGGUUUUCUGUUUGGGAAAGCUAAGUUAGCUCCUAAGCCUGAACACACAAUUCCCAGACUUGAACUUUGUGGGACCGUGCUGGCUGUAGAAAUUGCAGAUUUCAUUCUGCGGGAGCUAGACAUUCAGAUAGACGACGUCAAGUUCUACACAGAUAGCAAAGUUGUUCUGGGCUACAUAUACAACCAGACUAAACGUUUCUAUGUCUAUGUCAGCAACCGCCCUGAAUUCCUGCUAGAUCAUCCAGAAGAAUCCACAGCUGAUGUCUUCAGUCUUCUAGAACUGGACAACUAUCCAGAGAUUCGUCCUGAAAACAUUUGUGUCAACACCGGCUCUCAGAUCACCUGCAACUCUACCUUCCCCUACCCUGACCCAACUCAUGGAACACCCAUGACUACACGUACGCCUACCUUUUUCCCAUAUGUGGAACACCCAGAACUCCACCAUGAAAUAAUUAUACCUGAGGAUAAACCACACUCAUUUACUGGGUUUUCAAAACAUUUAAAAGUAGGGGAAAGUCUUAAGUCUAGCCAAAUAAUUCAUACAAAUAAGAAACCAUUCAAAUGUACAGAAUGUGAGAAAAGAUUCACAUGCAAUUUGCAUCUCCUUGAACACCACACACUUCACACAGUUGUGAAAACUCACACGUGUACAGAAUGUGGGAGAUGUUUCACAUCUAAAGGAAGCCUUAUGUAUCACAAAAAGACCCACACAGGGGAGAAACCUUUCACAUGUAAUGAGUGUGGGAGAUGUUUCACAACCAAGGGAAAUCUCAUAUAUCAUGAAAAGACCCACACAGGGGAGAAACCUUUCAGAUGUAAUGAAUGUGGAAGAUGUUUCACAACCAAGGGAAAUCUCAUACCUCAUGAAAAGACCCACACAGGGGAGAAACCUUUCACGUGUACAGAGUGUGGAAAAAGAUUUACACAAAUGAGUAAUCUGAGAAAACAUGGAAGGAGUCACACAGGAAAAAAACCUUUCACAUGUACAGUGUGUGGAAAAUGUUUUACAUAUAACAGUAAUCUGAAAACUCAUGAAAGGAGUCACACAGGAAAAAAGCCUUUCACAUGUACAGAGUGUGGAAUAAGUUUUACAUAUAUGAGUAAUCUGAAAACUCAUGAAAGAAGUCAUACAGGAGAAAAGCCUUUCAAAUGUACUGAGUGUGGAAAAGGUUUUGCACAAAUAAAUAGUCUGAAAACUCAUGAAAGGAUUCACACAGGAGAAAAGCCUUUCACAUGUACAGAGUGUGGAAAAGGUUUUACACAUAAGAGUUAUCUGAAAACUCAUGUAAGGAUUCACACAGGAGAAAAGCCUUUUAAAUGUACAGAGUGUGGAAAAGGUUUUACACAAAUAAAUGAUCUAAAAACUCAUGAAAGGAUUCACACAGGAGAAAAGCCUUUCACAUGUAAAGAGUGUGGAAAAAGGUUUACACAAAAGAGUUAUAUGAAAACUCAUGAAAAGAGUCACACAGGGGAAAAGCCUUUCAUAUGUACAGAGUGUGGGAAAUGUUUUACACAAAAGAGUUAUCUGAAAACUCAUGAAAGGAGUCACACAGGAGAAAAGCCGUUCACAUGUACAGAGUGUGGAAAACGUUUUAUACAUAAGAGAAGCCUUAAGUGUCACAAAAAGAACCACACAGGGGAGAAACCUUUCAGAUGUAAUGAGUGUGGGAGAUGUUUCACAUCCAAGGGAAAUCUCAUAUCUCAUGAAAAGACCCACACAGGGAAGAAACCUUUCACAUGUAAUGAGUGUGGGAGAUGUUUCAUAUCCAAGGGAAAUCUCAUAUCUCAUGAAAAGACCCACAUAGGGGAGAAACCUUUCACAUGUACAGAGUGUGGAAAAAGUUUUACACAAAUGAGUGAUCUGAAAACUCAUGAAAGGUUUCACACAGGAAAAAAGCCUUUCACAUGUACAGAGUGUGAAAGAUGCUUUACAUAUAGGAGUAAUCUGAAAAAUCAUGAAAGGAGUCACACAGGAGAAAAGCCUUUCAAAUGUAGAGAGUGUGGAAAAGGUUUUACACAAAUAAAUAGUCUUAAAAUUCAUGAAAGGAUUCACACAGGAGAAAAGCCUUUCAAAUGUACAGAGUGUGGAAAACGUUUUACACAUAAGAGUUAUCUGAAAACUCAUGAAAGGAUUCACACAGGAGAAAAGCCUUUCAAAUGUACAGAGUGUGGAAAAGGUUUUACACAAAUAAAUGAUCUAAAAACUCAUGAAAGGAUUCACACAGGAGAAAAGCCUUUCACAUGUACAGAGUGUGGAAAAAGUUUUUCACAUAAGAGUUAUCUGAAAACUCAUGAAAGGAGUCACACAGGGGAAAAGCCUUUCACAUGUACAGAGUGUGGGAAAUGUUUUACACAAAAGAAUCAUCUGAAUAGUCAUGAAAGGAUACACACAGGGGAAAAGCCUUUCACAUGUACAGAAUGUGGAAAAUGUUGUACACGUAUGAGUAAUCUGAGAAAACAUGAAAGGAUUCACAAGGGAAGAAACCUUUCACAUGUUUAGAAAGGGGAAAAAAAGGCUUUUAUUGAAAUCAGGUAUCACAAAACACCAAAUAUUUACACACAAAUAAACUUUAUAUACACAGUGUACAAAUCUUUUUACAAUUAUCCUAAAGAGGACAACCUCUCUAAAUAGAAGCAUCAAAAAGGAUCCUAUUGUAAGUAAUACUUUCUAAUCCCAGUUAUAAAAUCCCCAGAUUGGAAGUGCUCUCCUGCUGUCCUUUGUUCCUCUAUAUAUGCGCACCUCAGUUUCUCUCAUAUCAAUGUGAUAGAAUACAAACACCACACAGGAAUAAACAGAUCUGUCCUCAUACUGACCAGUUUACACAGCCAUUCAACACCAAAGCACCCCCAGUGUUGUUUAUUAAUAUGCCAGUGUUAUGAUUUGUACAUUUGAUUUACAUAGGGGAGAAAAUAAUUAUAUUUACAGAAUAAAGGAGUCUUUAUAUGAAUAGAGUGUUAGAGAAUUAUAUAAACAAGAACAUCAGUCACAAAUGAUUGACAUCUGGGAGAUAUAUUUAAUUUGCACAUCAUGUGGAUAAACCUUUUCUUAUAGCAAUAGAUGCUUAGCAUUGUACAUGUUAUAUACCAGAGGAAUUACUGAGGGGGAACUGAUUUUAUUUCAUGAGACACAAUACCAGUAACUGUUACAUUUGUGAUCAUAAUCAGUUUAAUUUAAAUGGCUACUAUAACCUACAUGUAUUCUGGGUAUGUAAUAUGUGUGUCAUGUGAUCAUAAUCAGUUUAAUUUAAAUGGCUUCUAUAACCUACAUGUAUACUGGGUAUGUAAUAUGUAUGUCAUGUGAUCAUAAUCAGUUUAAUAUAAAUGGCUACUAUAACCUACAUUUAUACUGGGUAUGUAAUAUGUGUGUCAUGUGAUCAUAAUCAGUUUAAUUUAAAUGGCUACUAUAACCUACAUGUAUACUGGGUAUGUAAUAUGUGUGUCAUGUUCUGUAACUUGAUAUUAUGUCUGUUAGAUGUUUUCAUGUUAGUUAGAAGCCACAAGAACUGAUAAUAGCACAUACUGUAUAUAUAAAGGGAACAUUAUAUGUCUGAUAAAUCCCUUUGUAUCAAGAGCACAAGUGUUAGGUAUAUUUAUACCAUUGUGUGCAUAUAUCAUGUAAUGCUGCUGUUUACUAUAUAAUGAGAUACAAUGUUUUUUCAUGCAAAUAAAAAUGAUUGUAAUCCA